ACAGUUGUUCAAUACUUAUACACAGACCUCGUUCACAAUGAGAUCGUUGGUGGUGUUAAGUGCUUUAUUUGCUGCGUGCGUAGCGGCACCGAACUACAGUGUUCUUCUUAAGUCAUCUCCAUCUCUGGUCUCCGGGCCAGUUUACACCGAAGUUCAGCCUGCCGUUUCUGUUGUGUCACCGGUAUACAGCGUGCCAGCUGCUGUGUCCCACCAAUCCCGCGUAGAUGUUAAAUCAACACCCGCAGUUGUGAAAUCUUACGUUUCAUCGCCUGUCGUAGUCAAGUCAGUCCCUACUGUGAUAUCCGCUCCAGUGAGCGUUGUCCCAGCGACGACUAAUUACGUCGGUGGAAGCGCUGUGUCUCAACAGUCACGCGUUGAUGUAAAAUCCUACCCGGCUGUUGUUUCCCAACAAGUGACGCAAGCUGUGGUAGCACCAACAGUGGUGGAGUCUGUGCCGAGUGUCGCCCACGCCGCUUACCUGACGCCCGUCGCCCAACACGUGGUCGUGAAGUCUUCUCCGACUGUUUACACCGAACAAGUGGGCACUCCAGUGAUCACCGCCCAUUCAGUGUACCCAUCUGUUUACACCACUUGGUAAUUUAAUGAUCUAUGAACACACGACCGGU